ACCCAUGUUACUGUGCGCGGGGUGCGCGCUUGUCCGUCCGAGCUGCUCAGCUAGUUAGUAAGAGAACGCUGAGGGGACAUGGCGGAGGGUGAGGGUGCUCCGCCAUCGCUACCACUACCUCCGGCCAAACGCCUCUGUUCACGGGUUAAUCCGCCUUCCCAUGCUGCUCAGCAGCACCGAGGCCCGGCAGGAGUCGGUCGACCCCAACAGUACCCUCAAUAUGAGCCGGAGUCGCUGCUGGACUGUGCAGCCAAGGCUGUGGCGGAGAAAUGGGCCUUCGAACGGGUGGAGGAGCGCUUCGAGCGCAUCCCAGAGCCGGUGCAGCGCCGCAUAGUUUAUUGGUCAUUCCCCAGAAACGAACGGGAAAUCUGCAUGUACUCGUCCUUCCAGUAUAGGGCCGAGGAGCAGGGCCCUGUUGGCUCGGGGAACCCUUCUGGGGGAACCCUGGGGGGCUCGGGGGUGAGCGGACAAAGCUCCGCUAUAAAUGGACUUGUAAACGGCGGCACUGGAGCCCUCGGGGGAGGAGGAGAAACUCUGCCCUUUCGCCGCGGAAUUCGACUCCUGGAGAGCGGCUGUGUGGAGAAUGUGCUGCAAGUUGGUUUUCAUUUAAGUGGCACGGUGACAGAGCCAGCGACACAGUCUGAUCCUGAAACCAUCUACAAAGUGGCCAUUAGUUUUGAUCGCUGUAAGAUCACCUCAGUCACUUGUGGAUGUGGGAACAGAGACAUAUUCUACUGCGCCCAUGUAGUAGCACUCUCUCUCUAUCGCAUCCGCAAACCGGAUCAGGUCAAAUUGCGUCUUCCCAUCUCAGAAACCCUCUUCCAGAUGAACCGUGACCAACUGCAAAAGUUUGUGCAGUAUCUCAUCACAGCCCAUCACACAGAAGUUCUUCCGACGGCGCAAAAGUUGGCAGAUGAAAUCUUAUCCUCUAACUCUGAAAUUAAUCAAGUGCACGGUGCCCCUGAUCCAACAGCUGGAGCAAGCAUUAAUGAUGAGAACUGUUGGCAUUUGGACGAGGAGCAAGUCAGGGAGCAGGUUAAGCUCUUCCUCUCUCAGGGAGGCUACUACAGUUCUGGGAAGCAGCUCAAUUCCAUGUUUGCCAAGGUUAGAGAAAUGCUCCGCAUGAGGGAUUCCAAUGGUGCACGAAUGCUGACAUUGAUCACUGAACAGUUCAUGGCUGACCCUCGACUAGCCCUCUGGAGACAACAGGGUACAGGCAUGACUGAUAAGUGCCGGCAGCUUUGGGAUGAACUAGGGGCCCUUUGGGUUUGCAUUGUUCUGAAUCCUCACUGCAAACCAGAUGAAAAAGCCUGCUGGCUUCGGCAACUGCGAAAAUGGCAUGACAUGGAUGUCUGCCCAUUAGAGGAUGGAAACUAUAGCAAUGACCUCCCCAACAUUACCAAUGCUUUACCACAAAAUAAUGGUCAUGAUUCUUUAGUAAGACCCAGAAGAACAGUAUUUACCCGGGCUAUUGAAGGUUGUGACUUGCACUGGCAAGACAGCCACUUGCAGAGAAUUAUAAGUAGUGACUUCUAUUUGUCACCUUCCUUCCAAAGAGAUGGAGAGAGCCUACUCUUCAAUGCUCAGGGCCAACCCCUCUGGUUAGAACAUGUUCCUACAGCAUGUGCCCGAGUGGAUGCCCUAAGAUCCCAUGGUUACCCCAAAGAGGCUUUACGCUUAGCAGUUGCCAUUAUAAAUACUCUCAGAUUGCAACAGCAGCGACAACUGGAAAUUUACAAGCAACAGAAAAAAGAACUGAUACAGAGAAAUUCAACCACAAUAACCAAUCUGGAGGGAUGGGUGGGACACCCGCUUGAUCCUGUGGGCUGCUUAUUUACCACGCUUACAGAAGCAUGCUUGUCUGAUGAAGACAGUGCAAUGGAAGUUAUAGAUGGCAGUGAGUCCCGGCGGCCUGUCUAUCAGCAUAUAUGUGUACAGAAUGGCUCAGUUGAAAGUGGUGAAUCAUAUUUGUCCUUGGCACUGGAAGUAGCCCUAAUGGGCAUGGGCCAGCAAAGACUGAUGCCUGAAGGUCUGUAUGCUCAGGAUAAAGUGUGCCGCAAUGAGGAGCAAAUCAUUGGCCGACUUCAGGAACUGGAACUGGAUGCCAUACUGGUUCAAACACUCCGCAAGCAAUGCAUCCUGCUGCUGGAAGGAGGCCCAUUCAGUGGUCUUGGGGAAGUGAUACAUAGAGAGAGUGUGCCGAUGCAUACGUUUGCCAAAUACUUAUUCACUGCGCUGUUGCCACAUGAUUCGGAUCUGGCCUAUAAAUUGUCACUCAGAGCAAUGAGGCUUCCAGUGUUGGAAAGCAGUGUCCCUUCUGUGGAUGUAUCCCAUCCUCAUCAUAUUGUGUCAGUAGUGCCAAGCCGGUACCCUCGCUGGUUCACACUUGGGCAUUUAGAAUCACAGCAGUGUGAGCUAGCUUCCACCAUGCUAACCGCUGCAAAAGGUGACAUGCUGCGUCUUCGCACUGUUCUUGAGGCCAUUCAAAGAAAUAUACAUUCUUCCUCACUUAUCUUUAAGCUGGCUCAGGAUGCUUUUAAGAUUGCUACUCCAGCCGACACCAGCUCUGACACCACCCUUCUGAAUGUAGCAUUGGAAUUGGGACUGCAGGUCAUGAGAAUGACUCUCAGCACCCUUAACUGGAGGCGGAGAGAGAUGGUGAGGUGGCUUGUGACUUGUGCCACAGAAGUAGGUGUUCGUGCACUAGUCAGCAUCCUACAGAGCUGGUACACACUGUUCACACCAACAGAAGCAACAAGUAUUGUUGCAGCAGCAGCCACCUCUCACAGCACAGUACUGCGACUCAGUCUAGACUAUUCCCAGCGUGAGGAGCUGGCAAGCUGUGCGCGGACUUUGGCCCUGCAAUGUGCAAUGAAAGAUCCACAGAAUUGUGCUCUGUCUGCUUUAACUCUUUGUGAGAAAGAUCACACUGCCUUUGAGACAGCCUAUCAGAUUGCUGUGGAUGCAGCUUCAGGAGGCAUGACCUACUCCCAACUUUUUACAAUUGCCCGUUAUAUGGAGCAUCGCGGCUACCCAUUGCGUGCUUUCAAACUGUGCUCCCUGGCCAUGAGUCAUCUCAACUUGGCAUACAACCAAGACACGCACCCAGCUAUAAAUGAUGUCUUGUGGGCAUGCUCCCUCAGCCACUCUCUUGGCAAGAAUGAGCUGGCAGCACUAGUACCUUUAGUGGUUAAAAGUGUGCAUUGUGCCACCGUGCUUUCGGAUAUUCUUCGCCGAUGUACAUUGACUGCUCCAGGGUUGGCUGGAAUUCCCGGCCGCAGGAACUCUGGCAAGUUAAUGUCAACAGACAAGCCACCUCUGCGGCAAUUGCUGGAUGCGGCAGUCGGAGCCUACAUUAACACCACCCACUCACGCCUUACACACAUCAGUCCUCGACAUUAUGGGGAGUUUAUAGAGUUCCUUAGCAAGGCGCGGGAGACCUUCCUACUAGGGCAAGAUGGCUUGCUACAGUUUGCCCAGUUCAUAGACAAUCUGAAGCAAAUCUAUAAAGGAAAGAAGAAACUAAUGAUGUUGGUAAGGGAGCGCUUUGGAUGAAUCUCCAGUCGAUUCUUGUCGUUUGGCGAAGGUGAACUAAAAUGCUUUUGCCGAGGUGGUGCUUUAAAUGCUUUGCUUUUCAGUGAGCUUUCUCAGGUGGUAGGAGGGAGUUGGUCAGAUACUGUGCAAUGAGGAUAGCUCAGGCAAUAAGUUCAUAACCCCAAACAUGGCAACACGUGAGCAGGACUGUGCCAAGAAACUGUGCUUGCAAACAAACUCCUGCCUAAAUCUUGGAUCAUGGGCCCUUGUGACCUGAAGUCAUCAUUCGCUUCUUCACAUUUUAACUAACAAACUGCACCACCAAAAUAAGGAGCCUCUUAUUAAUCGUCUCUUUUGAAACCAAACGCUGGAUGUUUAAUGACCAGCGUGUUGGAGAUGAAGGCAACUGGAGAUGCAUUUCUUCUGACCUUGCACAUAUACAUUGCUCAGCCCUUCCCACUAGUUAUGUUUAUUUUUUUCAUUUCAGCAUUAGCUAUGAAUGGGUUAAGAUGGACAGUGAGGUUUAGCAAUAAGCAAGGUGUAGCGAUAUCCUGUGAAUGCCAUUUGCUUCUCUGCACCACCUCCUAUUUAUUUUCCUCACUCUCUUUCCCUUUUCAUUGUGCAGUUACCUGUCCUCUGCAUUUCUUUGUUUUUUGUGUUUUAUUUUGGGUUACGGAGUGACCCCCGAUUAUGGCCAGGAACUGCCGACCCUUUUUCUCUUCCCUUUCUGUUUGUACUACUUUCACAUAUAAAGAUAAAAACCACACACUUUUCUUCAGUAUUCCUUGCCACAGACGUAUCCUGUAUUUGUUAUUUUAUUUUUACUGGUUUUUAUUUGUACUUUUGUUUUGUUUUUUUUGUGCAGACUCUUAAUGUUUGUUAAUAUUAAUAAGAAAAUGAACCCUAUUUAUGUAUUGCUGACACCAUUUUAUAUGAAUUGUGUUGAAAAUUUCAGUGCUUUUUUUAUGAAUAAAUUGUAAAUCACAAUAACAAUGAAA